GGCGGCGCGCUACGCAUGCGCACAGCGUGGGGCGGGGCGGGCGGCUGCGCUCUGUGCGCCGCGGGGCGGUGCCGGCGUGGCCGUGCCAUGCUGCUGCGCUGCGGGUUGGGGCUGUGCGGGCUGUCUGCGUGGAGGCCCGUGCCCGGUCGGCAGCCGGCUUUCUCCACGAGUUGCGCCGCGUGCUCAAAGAACAGGCGGCUGAGGCAAAAAAGAGUCAUUUCGGAAAAGAAAUUGUCACGCUAUUUUGUGGAUCACCGGAGAGUGCGUGUGGUUGGGGGACAAGGAGGAGGAGGAGGUCAGUCUUUUUACAGUGAACCUAGAAAAAUAUUUGGAGGUCCUGACGGUGGAAAUGGAGGUGAUGGAGGUCACGUCAUUUUGAAAGCUGACCAGCAAAUUAAAUCACUUUCUUCAGUCCUCCCCUUCUAUCAGGGUUUUCAUGGAGAGAGAGGAGGAAGCAAAAACUGUUACGGAGCCAAUGGUGCAUGCGUUUAUGUUAAAGUCCCUGUAGGUACAUUGGUUAAGGAGGAUGGGGUAGUUGUGGCUGACCUCACUCAGCAUGGUGAAGAGUAUGUUGCAGCUUAUGGAGGAGCUGGAGGGAAAGGUAAUCGAUUUUUUCUUUCCAAUGAAAAGCGAGCUCCAACGUUAUUUACUCCAGGAGAGCCAGGUCAGGAGAGGGUCCUCCAUUUGGAACUCAAAACAACAGCUCAUGCAGGAUUGGUGGGCUUUCCCAAUGCUGGGAAGUCAUCGCUUUUGAGAGCACUGUCCAACGCAAAGCCGGCAGUGGCUGCCUACCCAUUCACAACCCUAAACCCCCACGUUGGCAUUGUCCGCUAUGAAGACUAUGAACAAGUGGCAGUUGCUGACAUUCCUGGCCUAAUAAGAGGUGCUCAUCUGAACAGGGGCCUUGGGAUGGCCUUCCUAAGGCAUAUUGAGCGAUGCUGCUUUCUUUUAUAUGUGGUGGAUCUCUCUGUGUCUCAGCCAUGGAUUCAGCUGCAAGACUUAAAAUAUGAACUUGAACAAUAUAAAAAAGGAUUGUCUGCGAGGCCUUGUGUUGUCGUUGGGAAUAAAAUUGACCUUCCUGAGUCCAGGAUUAAUCUACCACUCCUUAAAGAACAGAUAGAUGACAGAGUCAUUGCAUUGUCUGCGUUGACAGGAGACAACCUAGAGGAACUGCUGCUGCAUUUGAAAGAGCUGUAUGACACUUAUGUGAAGAUGGGACAAUCACAGGGGCAAAGCCCGGUCAAGUGGUAGGAGCCAGAGCUACUGCAAACUUUGAUUAGAUAACAUCUGCAUGUGUUGUUUUCGUUGCUGUUUUUUCUUUAUUUUGAAUGUAUUGCACAAGCUUGUGAAUUGGAUCUGGAAAGGUUUUAAUUCACCUUUGGGGUGUCUUAGGUGUCACAAAAUAAAUGCAUUGCUUUGCUUUUAUGUUGGAAAUAUAUUUUUUAUUCACCCUACUAUCUACAAAAUGCAUUAAGUGUUCUUCUUGAGGAAUUGGGAAAUUCUGAUUUAGGACAGUGGCUUUUUCUACAGAAAAGCUGAUAAUUCUGCUUCUGUCACUUUGAACAUUUUGUUUAGUUUCCUCUCAAAUACUUCAGUUCUUCUGGGUGAUGCAUCCUUAACUGGUAGGCUUUCUUGCCUUUCAUGAACGAUGUCCUUUUUUGUUCCCUCUGGCUCCCUGUGACUGUAGAGCAGCAGCCUUGUUCAUUCUCUGUAUUAAAACUCAACUCAUACCCUUUUGCUGUUGGGAUGAGAUCUGUGAUUGUGAUUAUGAAUUAGAACUAACUUUGCCUGUGUGAGAAGGCAAAGGCGUGGCCUUUUCUAAGAGCAGCAGGUUUUUGUUCUGAAAAAGUGCAAGUGUAACUUAAAUGCUUGAAUUAUCAAGUGAAAAAAGAGUAAAAUGGGUAAUUACCUCUUUUAAAUUCACUUUCUGAGUAUUUGCAUCUCAUUGUGUGGGAAGCAAUCUGUGUGUAACAAACAGUGAUAUUGUUCUAAGUAUGAUCAGGGAAAAAUAAAACCAGAAGUAUUAGAUCCCA